AUGAAUUUUCUGAUAUCUUAUUCAUCUCACAGUAAUACUAUAUGGCAAAGUUUUGAUGUACUGUGUGAUACGUAUCUUCCUGGGAUGAAACUUGGGUUGUUUGGCCAAAACACUAGUAAUAUUGUUUCUUGGGCAAACCCACAAAACCCAGCUCGUGGCAUUUUUUCCUUAUGGAUCAAUAGCAACGAUACCAGGAAGCUUUCAGUUUCGCGAGGACGUAAUGACGAGAAAAUUGAUAUCGGUUUCUGGGAUGGAAAUGGCAUCCGUUUUAUAUUUGAAAAUUCAACUGCCAAUGCGUACAAUUUUAGCUUCCAGUCUAAUGCAAACGAAGUAUUCUACACUUUUACAGCUAGUAAAAAUUACGACCUUGUGUGGUUUGUCAUGAAUUACACUGGAAACCUGGACCAGUACUUUAUGGUGGAUUCGAAGAUCUCGUCCGUGAGCCAUGCUUUGUGUGUAGAUUCAACCGGUGUUAAUGCUCGGACGUGCAUUAAUUCAACACCUUUUGACUGUGAAGAUGGUGCUGAAUUUUCUCAGAUCAAUGGUUUGCUGCCAUCUGCAUCUAAUACUACUGGCUCCUUUGAUAUGGUGAUUACUGAUUGUGAAACUCUGUGCAAGAACAAUUGUUCUUGUACUGCAUUUGCUUCAGUUCUGGAUGGUAAACCAGGAUGUCGAUUUUACUUUGGGAGUAAACAAGAUUUAUCGAAGAACAUAGAGAAGGGUGAAGGUCUUGUUCACAUCCGAGGUGGUGCUCCAAGUGAUGCUAAGAAGUGGAAACUUGGGUUAGCUGUGGUGAUGACUUCUCUCGGGGUUCUUAUUCCAAUUUCCUUCACCUGCUACUAUUGCUGGAGAAAGCGACUUAAAGUCAGGGGCGUGAAUAACACAGGAUUAGGCGUGCACAAGGAUCAAGAAUUGCCCCUUUAUAGUUUUGCCACCAUAAAGAAGGCAACCAAUUACUUUGCAGAGUCUAAUAAACUUGGAGAAGGUGGAUAUGGGCCUGUCUAUAAGGGUAAGUUGCUUGUUGAAGGGCAUGAAAUUGCAGUUAAAAGGCUGUCCAAGAUUUCCAGGCAAGGGUUGACGGAGUUCAAAAACGAAGUCUCAGUGAUUUGUAAGCUUCAACACAGAAAUUUAGUUAAGCUUCUGGGAUGCUGCAUUGAAGCAGAAGAAAGCAUACUGAUUUACGAGUGCUUGCCCAACAAAAGUCUAGAUCUCUUCAUUUUUGACUCAACCAAACAGUUACUUUUGGAUUGGAGAAGGCGUGUUGUCAUAAUUGAAGGGAUUGCACAAGGUCUUCUAUAUCUUCACAAAUACUCGAGAUUAAGAAUCAUUCACCGUGAUUUAAAGACUAGCAAUAUCCUCCUGGAUAGUGAGUUGAACCCCAAAAUUUCUGAUUUUGGCAUGGCAAGGAUUUUCGGAGACAAUGACAUAAGAGGGAAAACAAACCGGGUUGUUGGUACAUUUGGUUACAUGUCUCCUGAGUAUGCAACAUUCGGCCUCUUUUCUGAAAAAUCCGAUGUCUUUAGCUUUGGGGUGAUCUUAUUAGAGAUUAUAAGUGGUGAGAAGAACAUUGCAUUCGUUGAGGCUGAUCACACCCUGAACCUAAUCAGUAAAGCUUGGCAUUUGUGGAAACAAGGGAGCAGCAUGGAGUUGAUGGAUUCAACACUGCGUGCUUCUUGUUCGAGCAGUGAAGUUAUCAGAUGCAUAGAGAUAGGUCUUCUGUGCGUUCAAGAUAGAGCCAUUGAUCGACCAAGCAUGUUGGAUGUUGUUUCUCUGCUAAGCAAUCAGUCGUCUGCUCUACCUCUUCCUAAAGAACCGGCAUUUUUCUGUCAUUCUAGCUCCCCUGAUGCGGAUUCAUCUUCCAGUAGGCGAAGAGAUAACUCUCAAAAUGAAGUGACCAUUUCUGUAGAAUGUGGCAGGUAGAAAAUUAGAAUUCACCAGUGUUUGCAAUUAAUAUUUAUUGUUGCCACUGUA